AUGGGGACCAGCAUGCCUCGGCUGCAGCUGCUGCAGCAGCAGCAGCUGCUGGUCCUGCUCCGGCCGCUGGUGUUGCUGCUGCUGCUGCUGCGACUCAUUGCGAUCAGCAACGCUGAAGGCUUGCAUGUAGGAAGCAGCAUCAACAGCAGCAUCAGCAGCAGCAGCAGCAGCAGCUACGGGAGCUUCGCGCUGCUGUUAAGCCGCAUGCAGCCGUUAUCGCUGUGGCCUGGUAAUAGCAGCAGCAGCAACAGCAGCAGCAACAAGGCUGCCCUGCUGCUGCUUCCUCGAUAUGAGCCUGCUGCUGCUUGCUGCGCUGCUGUUGGAAGGGGCAAGCUAUCGUUCCUCAGUGCUGCAGUCAGCAGCAGCAGCAGCAGCAGCAAUGGCUUGAACAGGAAGUUGGGGCUGCGCCCUAACAGCUGCAGCAGCAGCAACAGCAGCAGCAGCAGCAGCAAAGCCCGAGGCAGCAUGCAGGCGCUUGCGGCGGCCCGCUUCUCAGCUAGGAGGCUGCCUACACCUACUGUAAAGAGACACACAGCAGCUCUGAAUGCAGCAGCAGCAGCAGCUGCUGCUGCUGCUGGUGCUGCUGCUAAGCAUCUGGGUAGGGUCUUUCUAAAUCGUUUGCUGCUGUCUCUAGACCUUAAAAGCGUCCCUGAUAGAGCAGCAGCAGCAGCUGCUGCUGCUGCUGCUGCAGGAGCAGCAGCAGCAGCAGCAGUGCAGGAAACGCAGUCCAGUGGAGGAGUCUCGCUCUCUCCUCUAGCUAGUUUGCUUUUGAAGCUGCAGCAGCAGAAGCAGCAGCAGCAGCAGAUGAGCGCAGAGGACAGCGCAGGUGCUGCUGCAGCAAAUGAUGCUGCUGCUACAGCAAGUGCUGCUGCUGCUGCUGCAGCUGAAGGGGCUUUAGACAUGGAGGUGCUGCUGCCGGAUGCAGCAGCAGGAAAGGGUUUCGUUGGGGUGUAUAGGCAGCUCGCGCGCUCUGCAUUUGUAGCGUUGUCUCCUUCGCUGUCUCUGCUGCAGUGUCUGUCCCCGUAUCUGCAGCUCCGCAGCAGCAGCAGCAGCAGCAGCGGCAGCAGCAGCAGCGCAGCACUGUUAGCAGCAGCACUCUUUAAGGUGUCGGCGUUUGCAGCAGCACAUCGCCUUUCGCUUGGUGCCGUUGCAGAUCUGCAGCAGCUAAUUGUCUUCGGCCUCGCAGCAAACCCCAAAGAGAUAGCGGGUUCAAUCCGUGCGGUGAUGGAGGAGAGAAAAGAUAUAAAAACAGCCUUAGAUUUAAUUUGCUUGGGAGAUGCACUGGGGCUCUCGCAGCCUCAGAAGCAACUUCUGAGGCCUCUUUGGGUUUCUCUCUGUCUCGGAGGCAACGCACAGCUGGAGAAGGCAAUUAAAGAAAGAAAGAUUAAGAUAUACAAGAAGCACGUGCAGCAGCUGCUGGAGGCUGGGCUAGAGUGCUGCCCGCUGCUGCUGCAGCAGGAGGAAUCUCCGGACAGCAGCAGCAGCAGCAGCAGCAACAGCAGCAACAGCAGCAGCAGCAGCAACGAAGAAGAAGAAGGAGAAGAGGAAGACACAGCAGAGGCUGAGGCCUUCCUCGAGCCCCUGGAGAUGCUGCAGCUGCGAUGGCUGCGGCAGCAGCAGCAGCUGCUGCCCGAAGCUCUGGCAGCAGCAGCAGCCGCUGCUGCUGCUGUUGCUCCUUCUUCAUUUGCACACGAGACCGCGCCCGUGCCGCAUUCUGCAGCAGCAACAGCAGCAGCAGCAGCAGCAGCAGCAGCAGCGGGGUUGCCCGUGGGUUGGGAGCUGUUAGGUCUGACAGCAGCAGAAGCAGCAGCAGCUACAGAGGAGCAGCUGCAGCAGCAGCAGCAGCAGCUCCUCGCAGAAGGCAGCAAACGGAAGCAUCUCGCUGAUGCUGUUCAAGACAAAGGCAAUGUGCCUUCCAUGGAGUUGCUGCGGGUAUCGAAGAAGUUGCGUCGUUUGGGGUCGGGAGAUUUUUCGCUGGCGUUUGACAGCGCAGCAAAAUUUGAACUGCCCGAAGAAAAAGGAGUAGCGAAGAUAUCCAAUGCCUUUUCAGACACCGUGGGUGCUGUGCUAGCCGACUUUAAGCGUGCGAAUUUCUCUCCAGAGACGGAGACUCCUCUGCCUGAACCAGACCCUCAGAAGACAGCAGAGUUUGAAGAGUUCAAGGAGCGGACGAAGCGCGAGCUGGAGUCUCGCUGGAGUCUUUUCCUUGAUGACUUCCUUGCCCGACAGAAGCAGCAGCAGCAGCAGCAGCAGCAGCAUAACAAGCAGGAGCAGCAGCAGCAGCAACAGGAGGAGCAACCAGAGCAGCAGCAGCAGCAGCAGCAGCAGCAGACUUUAGAGUUAGAAUCGAUGGUUUAUUCUCCUGAGGCUGUUGAGGCUGCAUUACCCGAAAUGCACGCAGCAAAAGGCAGACAAGCGGUCCUCAAUACGCUAAAAGAGUUGGAGUACUGGAAGAUGCGGCUGCGGCAGCAGCGUCAGGAAGAGCUUGAGCAGCAGGAGUCUGUUGCUGCUGCUGCUGCUGCUGCAACAGCAGUAGCAGCAGGGGAGGCCCUAGAAGAAGAGGCAGAAGGCAGCAGCAGCAGCAGCAGCAGCAGCAGCGGCAGCAGACUGCAUGCGUUGUUAGAUGCGGGUUUUUCAGUGGUAAUAAAGACACCGUUUACAGCCAAAGACUUCCUAAGAGAGAAGCACGGGAUGCAGCAGCAGCAGCAGAAAGAAGGCCAGCAGCAGCAACAGCAGCAGCAGCAGCAGCAGCUGCUGCAGCAGCUGCAGCAGCGGCAGCAGCAGCGGCAGCAGAUGUACGCUGAGGAAGGAUAA